AUGAUUCACUUGGCUAGUGAAAGUCCACAGGAGUGGACGAGAUCUUACCUACUGCAUUUUCAGGUUGAUCGCCAUCACGUACUCUGUUACAUAAAUGACGACGAGAUAAAAUACGGGAUAACAGCCAGGAAUUAUAUUUAUCAACAAAUAUUAUUACUAUGCACGUACAUUUACGUGUGCUGUGCAUAAUUCCAUGGAAUCAGGCUACUCAGUGAUUGGAAUCGAGUGUAGCCAAGUUACAGGAAUUUUCGGAACAGUUUGAUAAUUAAAAUGGGUAUCUUUAUCAUCCUUUCAAUGGCAUGCUGUCUCUCUUCUGCCCAAGCAUCGCUUGAGAAUGAUGACAUCCCAAGCUCGAUCAUGAUGUCAUUUUGGAAUGAUUGGAUAGGAGAGAAUAUUCUACCAUCAAUCAGAGAUGGAGAGGUAUCUAACGGGUCACAAUGUUCCCAGGAACUUGAGAAAAUAUUCACUGAAGGCGGAAAGAAGCGAAAUAUUAUUGUAGAUGCGACUGGUAAACCAUCUUCUGGUAUCCUGGAGGGUAACAUUGCUUGGUUAGGUGACUACAGACAGUGUGUAGAUACAACAGAUCUUCACUAUUGUCUCAUUUCAGCACCAAUACAAUUACAGUCAGUCAGCAAUCGGAUGAGUGGAUCUCUAUCAGUAGGUGUUUGCCUUCCCGAUGAAUGUAUGGAGAAGGAAAUAUCACUCUUUUCCCGGUUCAUCAAACUAAUGUCCGGAGACUUGAUCGGGGAAAUACGAGUGAUCUGCAAUGAGAAAAUGAACCCAUCUGGUGAUCCUGGAUUCAUUUGCACAAUGGUCGUCAUUUCGCUGCUCUGUAUGCUGUGUCUCAGUGCAACUGCGUAUGAAAGUUAUCGGAAUCAUCUAAACAGCUUCGAUGAAGAGAGAAAACCAAUCCUUCAAGUUAAGACGUCAAAGAUCCCCUGUAACAUUGACCAAUCAGAUAAUUAUAAAGAUCUAUCAGCAUGGAGGAGAUGUAUCCUCUGUUUUUCUCUGACCCGCUCUGUGAAUCAGAUCACUAACACGACAUCAGGGAAGGAUGAUAUCCAAUGUCUUCAUGGAAUGAGAGUUAUAAGCAUGUUCUGGAUAAUUCUCGGACAUUCAUUCAGUUUCCAACAAAACUCGGGUGCAUUGGCUGAUGUUAUGUGGGCGUACUCAUUCCCAGCUAAAUGGUUCACAAGUCAGGUACUUUAUAAUGCCUAUAUCGCCUUAGAUACCUUCUUUUUCCUCGGCGGCCUUCUUGUUGCCUAUACGAGCUUCAAAUACAUGUCAAAUUCGAUAGGAAGAGUCAACUGGUUGGUCGCAAUAGUACAUCGAUAUAUCAGGAUAACCCCAGCGAUGGCAGUUGUAAUUCUUUUAUACACCUUUGUGUAUCCUUACCUUGGAGAGGGACCUUUCUGGUACAAACGAAUAGAAGAUACUCAAGAUUGUUACCAGUGGUGGUGGACCAACUUUCUUUAUAUCAACAAUUUUGUACCAUCAAAUACAUCGAGCGGGGUAUGACUGCAUUCUAUUUUA